GUUAGCCACAAUACUACAAUUCUUUCAGCAGUCUUACUAUGUAGCGAUUACGCUAUCGAUGAUAUUAGCUAAUAACAUUAUACUCUGCCGUCUCUAUGCCGUCUCUACGCCGUCUCUAUCGACAAGGUUUCUGGAUUAGAGCGGGAAAAUAAAAUUACUGUAGAAUCGUCUGCUUGGCUCAGACGCUAGGAGUUUCCAAACGAAUGUUCGGUGGUCCCAUAAGGUAGAUGGCCUUUCCGAUUUGGUUUUUACCCUGGAUACACAUCAACAAUAAGUAUAACGUGCACCUUGAGGUUGGGAGAGAGCGAGAGAGAGAGAGAUAAUUUUCGCGAAGAAGGAGGGAGCUUUUCUAUAGGAAGUUCCAUCAAAAGGGCGGUUCUACAACCAUGGCUAAAGAUCUAACUACAACUAAGUAUACCCUCGGGCUGCUGGUGCUAACCAUCGUCUUUACCAUCCUAUCAAGCAUCGUGGCGGGCCUGCGAUUCUAUGUUCGCAUCUCAAUGCGAUCGUUUGCUGUCGAGGAUUGGAUGAUGCUUGCCGGAUGGAUCCUCAACCUGGCACACAAUGCCUCUGUCAUGGUUCUGUCGUUCAGCGGAAUCGGGUCGCACGAUGACAUUAUCACGGUCGGUAUGCAGUACAAGAUAGGGUUGUGGACGAUUAUCUGGCAGUUCAUAUACGUCUUGGACGGGCCCCUUAUCAAAUCGAGCAUUAUCUGGACGCUGCUCCGGAUUGCCAACAACUUGACGAGCAAGAUAUAUCGAAAUAUCCUGUGGGCACUGUUCGCGCUGGGCUGGAUCGUCUGGCAGAUAUCAUGGCCCGUGGCGAUUUUCCAGUGCAAACCUGUAUCAGCAGCAUGGGGUCACCCAGGAGACUGCACCUCGGGCCAGACAGUCAUUCUGAAUGUGUCGUACUUUGUUUCGGCGGUCAACAUCUUUACCGAUAUAUGCACCGCACUGGUGCCCUGCUUUUUGCUCCGCCACCUCCAGAUGCGCUGGAAGAUUAAGGUCAUCACGAUGGGAAUCCUGUCGCUCGGUGCCUUUGCGUCGGUGGCUACUACUAUCCGCAUAACCUACACCUGGGCUUAUACUGCGCCUUCUGAGAGAUUCUACACAAUCGGCAAAAUUGUCAUGUUGACAGUGCUCGAGUGCGACUUGGGCAUCAUCGCGGGCUCCAUGCCCAUGCUGCGCCCUCUCUUCCGCAAUCUUUCACCCUCAUAUGGCGCGAGCUCAAUGACGCCCGGCAAGUCCCGAGACAUCAACUUGAGGACCAUUGGCGGCACCGGCGGGCGUAGUCAUAUCAAGCUGUCCAACAACGAUACUAGAAUGGGGGAUGAGCAGGACUACCAUUUUCAGGACAAGGAAAGCAGUGGUGACGACGAGUCGACGCGCCAUAUCAUUCGCGUCACCCGCGAAAUCAAACAAGAUAGUGUCUCAGAUCGAGGCGUGCCUCAUCAGUUUCAGGUUGCCAUCUCGGGGUGCGAUGGCCCAGGCCACAAAUCCGACGUGCAAGGCCCUCGAUAUUAUUGACACUGUGGCGACGAGGUCAUCAGCGCUGACAUGAACUUGUGCUUCACCACUUUUUUUUUGUUUCUUUUCUAUGUAAUUUAGCACCGCCUGUUUGCAUCACUGUCCUUAUCGAUCCGCCUCUGUAAUGAACAGAGGUGUGUCCAGAAGAGAAGUGUUUCGGGGAUAAGAGUUUGAUCGAUUUGUAAAAUCACUAACCAGCUAAUUUUUGGGAUUCAUACUACACCACCACUAUUUAUAUAGACCAAAAAAAAAAAAUUCAGAUCGAACUCAAGGACCCUUGGUUUGAAGCUUGCGGAGUAUAUACUAAAGUUAAUCUUUGGCCGGACGAAAGUCUCUGCCAAAUGCCCUAAAGUAAAUGGAUAUUUCAACUUGCGCAACUCACCGGCUUCUUCAGGACAUGAACCUCAUCAAUGAAUGAACAGUUUCUG